ACCAUCAAUGGCAUAAACUCUGCCUUCGAAGCUGCAUUCAAAGACCAAUCCACGAUCAAAGUUGGCGACAAGCUGCCAUCCUUCGCAUUGAGCGAUGCUCUAGGCAAGGAAGUCAAAAGCGAGCUAUGUGAACUCCUCAAGGAAGGGCCCCUUCUGAUCACCUUCUACCGUGGCGAAUGGUGCCCGUUCUGCAACCUCGCGCUUCGCUCUCUGCAACUGAAUCUCGAUAAGAUCCAAGCCAAAGGUGUCACUCUUGUUGCCAUCUCACCAGAACUUCCAAACAGUUCGCUCUCGACUAAAGCAAAGAAUGAAGUCAAGUUUCCCGUUCUUUCAGACCUGGGGAAUAAGUUUGCUAGAGAACUGGGGAUUAUCUUUCUUAUGCCUGAUUCAUUGCGCCCCACGUUCAAGGCAUUUGGGCAUGAUUUGGUGGCUCGCAAUGGAGACGAUUCGUUUGAGGUUCCGGUGCCUGCGGCGCUGCUGGUGGACGGAAAAGGAAAUGUUCGGAAUACGUAUAUCAAUCCACACUGCUGGGAGCGUAUUGAGCCAUCGACAGCCUUGGAGUGGAUUGAUGAAUUGUGA